GCGCGUGCGCAGUGGGAACGAGGUGAGCGGAGGGGGAGGUGGCCGACCGCUUCUCCUGCGUCCGCCAUUUUGUUGCUGUGGCUCUUGGGAACGGCCUCAGCAAAACCGCCCCGGAGGCGCGACGCUCUUGGGAUUCCGGUUCUUUGCGUGGCAGCGGGUUUCGGCGCAGAGCCGUGCGGGGCGCGGAGUCGGCGCGUUCCAGGCCAGGAGUGACUGGAGGCACCCCAGUAGUCCGGGGCAGUCCUAGAACCCCGGGGCGGCCUCCGCUGCGGUUCGGUUUCACCCUCCCCGACCUCGGCCUCUGCUCCGCAUUCCCCGGGCCGGCUCCCUCCGUGAGGCGGCCCCGGAGCAGGCGGGCGGGCGGCGGCGGAGGAUGCUGCGGGCCCGGAGCCGAGAGGAAGGUGGCUCGGCCCUCUAAGCGCGCCUCGAGGUGUGCCAAGAGGCCCUUCUUUGGCCGCAAAGCCGUCUGUCGGGCAGAGACAUCCAGAACAGAAAAGAGCAGCCGCCGCCUCGACCCGCCGCAAAGCCCCGGCCCGACACCAUGUCCUCCGCCAGGUUCGACUCCUCAGACCGCUCCGCCUGGUACAUGGGGCCGGUGUCUCGCCAGGAGGCGCAGACCCGGCUCCAGGGCCAGCGCCACGGUAUGUUCCUAGUUCGCGACUCCUCCACCUGCCCUGGGGAUUAUGUGCUGUCCGUGUCCGAGAACUCGCGGGUCUCCCACUACAUCAUCAACUCUCUGCCCAACCGCCGUUUUAAGAUUGGGGACCAGGAGUUCGACCACUUGCCGGCCUUGCUGGAGUUCUACAAGAUCCACUACCUGGACACCACCACUCUAAUCGAGCCUGCGCCCAGGUAUCCGAGCCCACCAAUGGGAUCUGUAUCAGCACCCAAUCUGCCCACAGCAGAAGAAAAUCUGGAAUAUGUACGGACUCUCUAUGAUUUUCCUGGGAAUGAUGCCGAAGACCUGCCCUUUAAGAAGGGUGAAAUCCUGGUGAUAAUAGAGAAGCCUGAAGAACAGUGGUGGAGUGCUCGGAACAAGGAUGGCCGGAUUGGGAUGAUUCCCGUCCCUUAUGUUGAAAAGCUCGUGAGAUCCUCACCACAUGGAAAGCACGGGAAUAGGAAUUCCAACAGUUAUGGAAUCCCAGAACCUGCUCAUGCAUAUGCUCAACCUCAGACCACAACUCCUCUACCUUCAGUUUCUAGUACUCCUGGAGCAGCAAUCAACCCUUUGCCAUCCACACAGAAUGGACCUGUCUUUGCAAAAGCCAUUCAGAAAAGAGUACCCUGUGCUUAUGACAAGACCGCCUUGGCAUUAGAGGUUGGUGACAUUGUGAAAGUCACAAGAAUGAAUAUAAAUGGCCAGUGGGAAGGCGAAGUGAAUGGGCGCAAAGGGCUUUUCCCCUUUACACAUGUCAAAAUCAUUGACCCUCAAAACCCUGAUGAAAACGAGUGAUUGCUGUUGCCUGUUUCCUGCUGCUUCGUUGUUCUGCCUGUCAUAAUCUUCUUUGAAGUGGGAAAGCAUUCUCUCUCAUAGGCAAGUUACACUGCAUUGCCGAUGUCCAGCUUUCUGCAGAGUGGCGGUCUCUCAUACCCAUUUGGAAUGCACACAGUGGCUGCCUCGGCAUUUGUAUCAUAGUCGUGUUGUCAAAGAGUAGCCGAUUUUAGAGUUCUUUUGGAUCAUAAACUGGAAAUACUGGUGGAAGCACACAAGUGGAGAGAAGUCGAAGAGGAAAGGGUCUGUCUUCUCAUCACUGCCCUGUUUGUACUUGUGACUGAUUCUGUCAUGUUCACAGAUGGAGCUUGAGGCCAUGAUGAGACAUUGCACAUUGCUAUUCCACAAAGCAGUGGUGGCUCAGUCGCCAUUUUGGUUUUCCUUUGAAGAACAGAGCAAAUAAACCCUAAAGAAGAGGAAAUUCUGUCCUUAACUCCCCAAA